GCGAUUAAAUACCAAAAAAAAAGAAAAUGUUUAGAUAUAGAUAAAACAGUGAAAAGUUCGGUUGUUGCUGCUCCAGCUAUAAUAUGGUAAAUUCGAUCGGCGCGAUAUAAACAAGCCGUGUGAAAAGUGGGCGAGCAAGCUACAGGCGGCGGCACCAAAGACAAAAGUGCAGUUUUAGGGCGUGUUUGUGGCCCCCCCAGUACUCGCUCCCGGUACCAACCAUCCACCCGCAGCAGAGCAGUCUGCGGCUCAGCGGAGAUGCAAAAAGUUAAAGCUCCAGCAAACAUGCAACAAAUUAUGCAUCUGCUGCUGCACCUUGCCUAACAAAACGAAAGUGGGAGAGAGAGCGAGAGAAAAGGUUGGCGUAACAUUUCGCAAACUUCCUUCCUUUCGUCGUAUGUCUCCAAUUUUUUUGUCUACUCCAAAUUGCCAAGUGAAGUAGAAAACGCAGAAAGAGCAGAGAAGAGAGUGGAGAAAGAAAAUGCGCGAGUGUGUGUGUGUGUGGAAGCAGCAGAGAGCGAAAAAUGAAAUGAAAUAAAAUAAAUUCAAGAAAAUCCAAAGCAAACGCAAAUAAUUGAUCGCAAGUGUUGGCUGAAGUCAAGCGGAGAGAAAGAAAAAAUCACAGUAUAUCUCCCGAAGGCGGAGCGGAGCAAAAAGAGUGUACAAAUUGUUUAUUGCUGCGCAAGAGCGAUAGCAACGACCCACAACCCACCACCCAGCCACAGCAGCAGCAGCAGCUCCCAGCUCCACCUCCACUCCUGAAAUGGGUGCUCAGCAGGGAAAGGAGCGCGGCUCGCACUCGAGCGGUGGGGGCGGUGGUGGAGUCCCAGUAAGUUGCAUUGGCGUUUCCAGCAGCAGCAGUCCCGUGGCCUCCGUUUCCCCCCAUUGCAUCAGUGCUGGCAACAGCAGCAGUGGUGGCGGCGGCGGUCCACUAGGGGCGGGCUCCACACUGCGUGGUUCGCGCAUCAAAUCGUCGACGGGUCAUGGUCAUGGCAGUGGCGGUGGGAGCAGCGGAGUCGGUGGCAGCAGCAGCGGCGGCGGCGUCUCUGGAGGAUUAUCACAGCGCAGCAAUGCCCACAAGGAUGCGAGGUGUAAUCCCUCCGUGGGACUCAACAUAUUCACCGAACAUAACGGUGGUACGAAGCACAGCUCUUUUCGCGGCCAUCCAGGCAAAUAUCACAUGAAUUUAGAAGCUUUGCUGCAGUCGCGUCCAUUACCUCACAUUCCGGCUGGGAGCACGGCCGCCUCCCUGCUGGCCGAUGCAGCGGAAUUGCAGUGCAGCGACUCUGGACUGCAGUGCUCCUCCCUGGGGGGACACAGUUCGGCGACAUCGGUGUUCGAGUCAACGCAUCGCUGGACCUCCAAGGAGAAUCUGCUGGAGCCGGGGCCAGAGGAGGAUGAUCCGCAGCUGUUUGUGGCACUGUACGACUUCCAGGCGGGCGGCGAGAACCAGCUGAGCCUCAAGAAGGGCGAACAGGUGCGAAUUCUCAGCUACAACAAGUCCGGGGAGUGGUGCGAGGCGCACUCGGACUCUGGCAACGUCGGUUGGGUGCCCUCCAACUAUGUGACGCCAUUGAAUUCGCUGGAGAAGCACUCGUGGUACCACGGACCCAUCUCCCGCAAUGCCGCCGAGUAUCUCCUCAGUUCGGGCAUCAACGGCAGCUUCCUGGUGCGCGAGAGCGAGAGUUCGCCGGGCCAAAGGAGCAUCAGUCUGAGGUAUGAGGGUCGCGUCUAUCACUAUCGCAUCUCGGAGGAUCCCGAUGGCAAGGUGUUCGUCACGCAGGAGGCGAAAUUCAACACGCUGGCGGAGCUGGUGCAUCAUCACAGCGUGCCCCAUGAGGGGCAUGGCCUGAUUACGCCCCUGCUCUAUCCGGCGCCGAAGCAGAACAAGCCCACGGUCUUCCCGUUGAGUCCGGAGCCGGAUGAGUGGGAGAUUUGUCGCACGGACAUCAUGAUGAAGCACAAGCUCGGCGGCGGCCAGUAUGGCGAGGUGUACGAGGCCGUGUGGAAGCGCUACGGCAACACGGUGGCCGUCAAGACCCUCAAGGAGGACACCAUGGCCCUCAAGGACUUCCUCGAAGAGGCGGCCAUCAUGAAGGAGAUGAAGCAUCCGAAUCUCGUGCAGCUCAUCGGCGUGUGCACGCGGGAGCCUCCGUUCUACAUCAUCACCGAGUUCAUGUCGCACGGCAAUCUGUUGGACUUUCUGCGCUCCGCUGGCCGCGAGACUCUCGACGCUGUGGCUCUGCUCUAUAUGGCCACGCAGAUAGCGUCGGGAAUGAGCUACCUGGAGUCGCGGAACUACAUCCAUCGCGAUCUGGCGGCCAGAAACUGCCUCGUGGGCGACAACAAGCUGGUGAAGGUGGCGGACUUUGGGCUGGCGCGACUGAUGCGCGACGACACGUACACGGCGCAUGCGGGCGCCAAGUUCCCGAUCAAGUGGACGGCGCCCGAGGGACUGGCGUACAACAAGUUCAGCACCAAGUCGGAUGUGUGGGCCUUCGGGGUGCUGCUGUGGGAGAUAGCCACGUACGGGAUGUCCCCCUACCCGGGCAUCGAUCUGACCGAUGUGUAUCACAAGCUAGAGAAGGGCUAUCGCAUGGAGCGGCCGCCCGGCUGUCCGCCCGAGGUGUACGAUCUGAUGCGCCAGUGCUGGCAGUGGGAUGCCGCCGAUCGGCCCACAUUCAAGAGCAUACACCAUGCGCUGGAGCAUAUGUUUCAGGAAUCGUCCAUCACCGAAGCGGUCGAGAAACAGCUAAACGCCAGCAGCAGCAGCAGCUCCCACAACAAUCCCAGCAGCAGCAGCGGCGGCGGCAACACCACCACAUCGGGCAUCGGUAUCAGUGGCACGCAGUCGGCCGCCAGCGGUGCCUCCUCAUCGGCCUCGCUCAGCCUCACCCCACAAAUGGGAAAGAAGGGUCUGCCAGCGGCCUCCUCCCAGUGCCAGUCGUCGUCUUCCCUAACGCCAAAUGCCCAUCAGCAGCAGCAGCAGCAGCACGAUCCGCAGCAGCAGCUGGCCAGUACACCCAUGUCAGAAACCGGCUCCACUUCCACAAAGCUAAGCACCUUCUCCAGCCAGGGCAAGGGCAAUGUACAGAUGCGACGCACCACCAAUAAGCAGGGAAAACAGGCACCAGCACCACCCAAGAGAACCAGUCUGCUGUCGAGCAGUCGCGACUCGACAUAUCGCGAGGAGGAUCCAAUUAGCGCAACCAAUCAGCGGUGCAACUUCAUUGAUGACCUCAAUACGAAUGGUAUAACAAAUACGAGCACCAAAUCAGUGCAUAGAAAUUGCAGCUAUUUCAGCCAGACCCUCAGUAGAAAUUUCAAAACCCAAAUUCCAACACCCCACCAACAACAACAACAACAACAACAGCAAUACACACCACAACAUCAACAACAACAACCAAUACGUACAGCACACGUACAGCUGCCAGUGACAGUGAUAGUGCCACUGCCACAACAGAAACAACAACAACAGUAUUCCAUUAAGAAAUCGUCCUCCUGCAGUAGUUUCCUUUACGACAUCCUAUUUCGAGGUCUGGCGCGGGACAUUAGCAGCCUCACGCAACGCUACGACUCGGAAACGGAUCCGGCAGCAGAUCCCGACACGGAUGCCACUGGGGACAGUCUGGAGCCGUCGCAGGCCGUCACGCCGAACAAGAUGCAGCACUCGCUGCAUGGCGGCAUCGGCAUUGGACCCAGGUCCUCGCAGCAGCACAGCUCCUUCAAGCGGCCGACGCCGGUGAUGGGCAACCGGGGCCUGGAGACGCGUCAGAGCAAGCGUUCCCAGCACCAUCCUUUGGUGGGCCCCCCGGCAGCACCCAGGGAUCAAAUGCAGCAGCAGCCACUGCUCAAUGGCAGCCCUGCACUGGCCGCUCAUCCCAUCACUGUGGGCGCUCUGGAGGUGAUGAAUGUGAAGCGCGUGGUGAAUCGAUACGGCACCCUGCCGAAGGGCGCACGGAUUGGGGCAUUCCUCGACAGCCUCGAGGACAGUGGAGGCGAGGCCAGUCCCUCGCCAACGCCCUCGCCUGCGGCCAACGGGCAUGCCACUCCGCCGGCCAGGAUCAAUGCCAGUCCCAAGGCGCCAUCGCCGGCCAGCCUGGCCACUCCGCCGCCCCAGCAGAUGAUCCGAAGCAACUCCUCCGGGGGCGUGACCAUGCAGAACAAUGCGGCGGCCAGCCUCAACAAGCUGCAGCGCCACCGCACCACCACCGAGGGCACUAUGAUGACGUUCUCCUCGUUCCGUGCCGCUGGCUGCAGCAGUUCACCGAAGAGAAGUGGCGUGCCCCAGCUGCCAGUUCCCCAACCGGCUCUGGCCAAUCUGGAGUUUCCGCCACCGCCGCUGGACCUGCCGCCGCCACCCGAGGAGUUCGAGCCGGGUCCUCCGCCGCCGCCGCCAGCGCCCGAGAGUGCCGUCCAGGCCAUCCAGCAGCAUCUGCAUGCCCAGCACUCGAACAACAACGUCUGCAACGCCAGCAGCAUCGGCAACAGCAACAGCAACAACAACAACAACGACAGCAGCACCCACGAUGUGAGCAACACUGCCCCGAGCGUCGAGGAAGCCAGCUCUCGGUUCGGAGUCUCGCUGCGAAAGCGGGAGCCAUCGACAGACUCGUGCAGCUCCCUGGGCACCCCGCCGGACGCUGCACCCGAGAAGAGCCUCAAUCUGAAGGAGAAACUGAUUACGGAGAUCAAGGCGGCGGGCGGCAAGGAGUCACCGGUGAGCCCACACCUGGCCAACGGAUCAGCAGUGUCAGCCAUGCCCGUGGAUCCCGUCUCCCAGCUGGUCACCGAGCUGGCCGAGAGCAUGAAUCUGCCCAAGCAAAAAAUGACAAAUGGCAAUGGCUCUGCCAUUGUAGGAGUGGGAGUGACUGUAGCUCCUUCAGCUGGAUUCAAGGCGCAGCUGAAGAAGGUGGAGCCCAAGAAGAUGACGGCGCCCAUAGCCAAGGCAGAGCCCACAUCCAAUAUCAUCAUUGACUUUAAGGCACAUCUGCGACGAGUGGACAAGGCGGAGCAGCAGGAGAAGCCGCCAGUUUGCACCACACAGCAGCAGGCGGUGGCAAAUAAUGCCAAUGGCACGGGCACUGGCACCAACACUGGCACCCUGAAUCGCAAGGAUGACAAUAAGAAGUUCUCCCACUCACAGGCCAUGCAAAAGACUGAAAUCAAAAUCGAUGUAGCCAACUCCAACGUGGAGAUGGAGACGGUAGCGGGAGCGGGCGACAGCAGCGGCGGGGAACUCGGCAAGCGACGAAGCACAGGUAGUAUUAAUAGCUUAAAGAAACUGUGGGAGCAACAGCCACAGGGCCAGGCUCAAACCCCUGACUAUGCCAGUAGUGCGAUCAUCCAGCAGUCGUCACUUAAUGGCGGCUCUUCCACAUCCACCACAUCCCAGCUAUCGCCCAAAUACGGGCUCAAAGCAUCAAUCCCCAUGGCCAAGCCAGGCAAUAGGCCACCGCCGGCUGCCCCACCACCACCGCCCCCAACCAACAGCACGACCACAACCACCACAACCACCACAGGCACAGCUACAGCUACAGCCAUUGCCAUGAGGGUGCAGCCACAGCCAAUAAAAACCUCUCAUUCCACGCAACUCUUCACAGAUGACGCCAGCGAGGAGCAGCAAGAGGGAGGACUCGGACUCGGACUCGGACUCGGACUGGGAGGCAGCCACACAGCACCAGAGAAUAUGACACAGUCGCUGUACGUCCAGAACGAGCUGCAGGGCAGCAAGCACUCGCAAUUGCAAUCGCAGCCACAGCCACAGCCACAGAAGCCCGCUGUGCCGCAUAAGCCCACCAAGCUGACCAUCUACGCGACGCCCAUAGCCAAGCUGGCGACGGAGAAUGGCGCCAGCACGGGCAACUCCACGCAGAUAUCGAGGGAGAGCAUCCUGGAGCUGGUGGGCCUGCUGGAUGGCUCACUCAAGCAUCCCGUGAACGCCAUCUCCGCAUCGCAGUGGCUACAGCUGAGCGACAAGCUCAACAUUCUGCAGAAUUCGUGCGUCAUCUUUGCCGAGAACGAGUCAAUGCCGCCGCACUCCAAGUUCCACUUCCGGGAGCUGGUGACCCGUGUGGAGUCGCAGUCGCAGCACCUGCGCUCCGCCGGCAGCAAGAACAUGCAGGACAACGAGCGCCUGCUCCUGGAGGUGGGACAGUCGCUCAAGCAGAUCUCCAAUGCGCUGAAUAGGUAAAUGAUAAGAACGGGGAUGGAUGCGCAUGCGCACGAGCAGCAGCCGGGCAUCUGGCUGGAUGCCGAGGGCAACUUUAUCAAGCGAAAGUGACACGGGACACGACACUGGAGAGAAUAGAAGAAAACAAACGAAAGAACGAACGAACGAACGAACGAACCAUCCAAAACAUCCAUCCCCAAAUCCCGGGAGCCAACAACGAGAACACUUUUGGCUCGCAACAACGAAUCGAAACUUCAAGCCCAGCGAAGAAGAGAAUAAAUUAGAGCAAGUUGAUGGACAAAAAUAAAGGACAACUACAGCAUUAGCAGUAGCAUCAGCAGCAGGAGGAGGAGGAGGAGGAGCAUCAACAGCAUCAGUAUCAACUAUAACUAAAAAGCGGAGAGGAGAGGAAUGAAACCUAUGUAGUAGUAGUAGCAGUAGCCUCUAUAACAUAU